AUUUUUUAUCGGUUACAAUCAAAGACAAUUAAUCGGUAUGAUUAUGUCGGUCUCAAAAGUCCAUGAGAAAAUAUUAGCUAGCGAGAUGUCCUAUUUAAAGAAAAGCAUAAAAUCUAAGAUUAUUUACGUAAAAUCUGAUCCAGCUAGGCAGGGAUCCAGGUUUAUAAGGAGAGCAACAUUCGAGAUCUUUGUUGAUACUUGGGAGAUGGGAAGCAAUUAUAAUGGAGAGAAAGAGCUUGCAGCAUCAUCAAGAAAGGGGAAGAAUAAGAAGAGUGGUUCUGAGAAGCCUAAGCAGCCACAGAGAGGCUUAGGUGUUGCUCAGUUAGAGAAAAUUAGACUCCAUGCUCAAAUGGAAAUGGGCGGAGAUUUUAUUCCAGCUCCUAAUACUUUUCGUCCAUUUACUAAUCCUAUUCAGAUGGGCUUGGGCGAUUUGGGAAGACCAAAUAUGGGACAUGGUGAUUCACAGCCUACUACUAAUAAUACUGCAAGCAGAUGGACGGCUGAAAAUACCAUCUUAAACCCUCACUAUUAUCAACAACCAUCUAUCACUAGAAACCUUAUAGACCUAGAGCUAGAGGCCGAGGAAUCAGUGGAGAAGAAGAAGAAUGGCCAGAUUGGGGAUUCCAUGGGUUCAGGCAGCCAGAGGUCGGGUUCGAGUGGAAGCCAGGAGUUGGAUUUAGAGUUGAGACUGUCGCUUUAAUCUUUAUUUUUUAGAUCAUGUGAUUCAGCAUAUGAAUUGAUCACCAGUAGUCUUGAAUGUUUAGCUUGAGGGGAUUAACUUCUAAUAUAAAUUCAUAGACUUGGAGUUUUUUCAGACUUUGUAAGCAAGUUUUCAGGAUUUUUUUCAUAAAUUUAUGGAACUUUCUCAUGUCAUGAUUGAGAUGAUAAUACUUUUAGUACUACGUCAUGUAUUUACCAAUCUACGUAGAGCGGUCUUCUUUUGCUGAAAUGGCUUCUGUCUAUAUAUUAAAAUUUCGAA